UGCUGAGCGGCGCUGGGUCCGGGAGAAGCCCGGGCCACUGCGGACGGCCGAGGUACUCAGGGCCCUGACGAGCCCCUUCCGCGGCUGACACUCCGGAGCUGACGAGGCCAACUCGCUUGUCCCAAGAAGACAGACAGGGUCGGCAAGAGUCCUUCGGCCGGCAGCACCGGCCGCGCUCGGGGCUCUGGAACGACCUGGAACCCCCUCCACCCCGAGAGGCAUCGCGGAAUUCUCGAGCCUCCCCGGCGGCCGCCUGCGGGCGUCUGUCCACAACUCCCUUCAGCGACCCGGUCCUGCUGGCGCACACCAUGAUCGUCGCAGACUCCGAGUGCCGAGCUGAGCUCCAAGGCUACCUGCCCUUCGCCCGGGGAGGCGGAGGCGGUGGUGGCCCGGGGACCGGGCAGGAGCAGAGGGAGAGCCGAGCCUGGCGAGGUCCUCGCGGGCCCAGUGCCUUCAUCCCAAUGGAGGAGAUACUUCAGGAGGGGGCUGAGAGCCUGGACCAACACCUGGGGCUGGAGGCACUGACAUCUUCAGGCCGGGUGGACAACCUGGCCGUGGUGAUGAGCCUGCAUCCAGACUACCUCAGCAGCUUCUGGCGCCUGCACUACCUGCUGUUGCACACGGAUGGGCCCCUGGCCAGCUCCUGGCGCCACUACAUUGCCAUCAUGGCUGCUGCCCGCCACCAGUGUUCAUACCUCGUGGGCGCCCACAUGGCCGAGUUCCUGCAGACUGGUGGUGACCCCGAGUGGCUGCUGGGCCUCCAUCGGGCGCCAGAGAAGCUGCGUAAACUCAGCGAGAUCAACAAGCUGCUGGCACAUCGGCCAUGGCUCAUCACCAAGGAACACAUCCAGGCCUUGCUGAAGACGGGUGAACACAGCUGGUCUCUGGCCGAACUCAUCCAGGCCCUGGUGUUGCUUACCCACUGCCACUCUCUGGCCUCCUUCGUCUUUGGCUGUGGCAUCCUCCCUGAGGGAGACCCAGAGAAUGGCCCUGGUCCUCAGGUCCCUUCGCCACCCAGCGAGCAAAGCAGUCCCCCGGGCCGGGAUGCUUUGAACAGCUCUGGGGGCUUAGAGGCCAUCCGAGACGUGGAGACGCUGAUGGAGCGCAUGCGGCAGCUGCAGGACAGCCUGCUGCAGGAUGAGGGCACGUCCCCGGAGGAGAUGGAGAGCCGUUUCGAACUGGAGAAGUCCGAGAGCCUGCUGGUGACGCCUUCAGCUGACAUCCUGGAGCCUGCUCCACACCCAGACAUACUGUGCUUUGUGGAAGACCCUGCUUUCGGCUACGAGGACUUCACCCGGCGAGGGGCACAGGCACCCCCCACCUUCCGCGCCCAGGAUUACACCUGGGAAGAUCAUGGCUACUCGCUGAUCCAGCGCCUCUACCCUGAGGGUGGGCAGCUGUUGGACGAGAAGUUCCAGGUAGCCUGUAGCCUCACCUACAACACCAUCGCCAUGCACAGCGGUGUGGACACCUCGGUGCUCCGCAGAGCCAUCUGGAACUACAUCCACUGCGUCUUUGGCAUCAGGUAUGACGACUACGAUUAUGGGGAGGUGAACGAACUCCUGGAGCGGAAUCUCAAGGUUUACAUCAAGACGGUGGCCUGCUACCCGGAGAAGACCACCCGCAGAAUGUACAGCCUCUUCUGGAGACACUUCCGCCAUUCAGAGAAGGUCCACGUGAACUUGCUGCUGCUGGAGGCCCGCAUGCAAGCUGCCCUGCUCUACGCCCUCCGUGCCAUCACCCGCUACAUGACCUGAUUCCCUCCUACGUGGGACCCUGCAUGUCGAGCAGCCGACUCUGGGACUGUCCUCCCUGCCAGGACUCCUCUGUUCGGAGAGAGCCCCGAGUCCCUUUGUGUCCCGACUUUUUCCUUUCCUGGGAUUGGCUUAUACGUGAUGCUGGUGCGGGGGGAGGACCUCCCGAGCCACACCAUCCUUGCCCUCACAGGUGGGGACAGCAUCACUACACUGACUCUGUCAGCUUGGGAGGGACCGAGGGACCCUACAGGGCUGUUCCCCGUCCUCUUUUCCCUGCUUCCAAUGGAAGGACAAUAGGUGCCACUCAGAGUUCCGGGCCAGCAGGCUGUGUCCUGGACUCCCCCAGUGCUGUGACUUUGUGACCUGGGAGCCCCCUGGCUGGCCCCGCAGGAGAGGGUUGGAUGCCUCCAGGGACUAACACUCCAGACAGCCUUGCCUUCCCACUCUCCUUCAUCCCCAGAUCUCAUUACCUCCUCCCUGUUCUUCACCCAUCAAUGUGAAAACCUGGUCACGGCUGGUCUGUGUCCACAUCCCAAAACCGUGUUCUGUAGGGCGGUGGAGAGGCCCUCACCGCCCUGCUGCCUGGUCCUAGCACAGUGCCCUGGACUUCCUCCACCCCUGCACCUCCACUCCUUCACCUGGCAGCGAGAGUGAGGCCUGCUCAACAGGUCAUCUCACGAGUUUGAGCCUCUGCUCAGCACGUUGCCUUCUGAGGGGGAGAGAAUUAGAUUAGAACUUGAUGGUUUUGGUCCUCUGCUGCCUGCAGGGCCUCAGCCCUGGUGCCAUGCUCAGUGCCUGAGAAUAGUGGGAGGGAGAGUUGUUUCCUCUGCUGAGCCGUAGCCGCUGGCCCCCUGCUCCUGGCGCCAAUGGCUUUGCCAUGGACUUUGCCAAGAAGCUGGCCUUUCUGGGUGACUUGGCUGGCACUGUGGCCUGGGAGGAGACACCAGAGGCACCAAUGUUCUUCUUUGGGCCCUCUUCCUGGCCAGGGGACCAUGACCAUAUUUUCAAGACCCCUUUGACUGUUACCCCCUCCCCCCCGCCAGAGUUGCAGAAUUGGGUCUGAGAGGGGGUCCGAGUUGAGUCUUGGGUCUGAGACUCCCAGUCAUAUUCAGUGCUCCCCCUUGGGGCUCUCCAGCCCACCUGGAGACCCCCCUACUGAAGUCAGGGCCUCCCCAUGCCCUAGGGCUUUCAGUGGAUCGCAUAGAGGUAAGCGCAGCCGAGGAUGGACCCCACGCACUUUCUGUAACACAUUACUGUGAAUGACAGCUCCUCAUGCCCUUCUAGCAGCAGGUGCCUCUCAGACUGGUUGUGGGGGGGAAACCCAGAGAGACAGGCCAUGAUGCCACUGCUUCUACCCCUCAUCCAUGGGGUGGACCAGGAAAGGAACAUGGCCAGCGUGCCACAUUUCGUGCCCGUGCGGGCACGGGGACACGACUGGUACCCCCUGCAGGCCUGAAGCCCUGCUCCCCCACAAGGAAUGUGAGCAAGAGGGAAAGGGGUCCUGCAUGGGGAGGGGUUCCAGAGGGGACUUGGUGACUGUCUCCUGGGAGG